UUAGGGGUGUCAAUUGGUUGGGCCACCCAUGGGCUAACCCAUUCCAAACAAACAUGGGUGGGUGAUGGUCAUACCCAAAUAAUUAAUGGUCCAAUUGGGUUAAAGAUCCACUUUGCCCAUGGGCUAACUGGUCCAAACCAAAUGGGUGUUGGGCUGGCCCAAAAACUUAAUUUGUAGGGUUUAGAGAAUUUGGGAAAAAAUUAAUCAGAAAUAAUAUUUCACGAUUCUUCUCUUCUCUCUCGCGAUUCUCUCUUCUCUCCCAGAUUUCUCUUCGUCUACUGUUCUUGUGUUCAUCCAUACGAUUCUCUCUUCCCUCCCAUCGAUUCCCUUCUUCAGUUCUUCAGCCAGUUGGUUUGGGGAAGAUCGCUAAACAUAUUAACGCUGGGCAGAUAGAUUCCCAUGAGUUGAUCAAGAUGAAAACGCUCAAGGUUUGGUCGUGGUGCUGUGGGUGAUGACAUCACCGUGAUGUGCUGAUGAUAUUAAAUAGAAGAAAGAGUUAUUGAGUUAGACUGUAGCAAAGCAAUACUCUGCUCGGCAAAGGAUACCUCCACCUCCUGAAACUGCAGAAAAACCCUUCAGAGCCUUAAUCUUUAACAGGUAUCUACUAGCUUUAGGAACAAAACUCAGAGAAGAAAUGGUUAUGCUAUAGAUUAGAUAAGCAAGCUUUGGUGAUCUUUGUCAUGUUCUCUGGUAGAUUUAAUAUGUAUUUGCUUGUGUGUGGGAUAUUUUGGGAAAUGAAUCAGGAGGUGGAAUGGGAAAUAAUUUGAGAAUUUUGAUAAAAAUUUUGAUAAAUUUUGAUAAAAAUUUCAAAAGCCUGUGCGGGUAACUAUUUGUUAUUCAUUUUAAGUGAUUAUGUUUUCUAAUUCCAAAAAACUUACUAUCAGAUCAGAGAUGGUCCUGAGCAUAAUCAAAGUGAAACAUUGGCAUAAAACCCUCAAAUUUUUAAAAAAAAAUUAUGGAAAAAAAUUCUUUCUCUGAGUUGUGUCUUGCUCUUAAAGACUGCAUUAAUCAAAAGCUUUUAUAUGUUUAGCCUCUUUGCUGCAUCAAGUUUUUGCUUUUUUUAUAUUAAAAAAGUGGAUAACUAUAGUUCUCUUAACGUGUAGAUUUUGUGUGUCUGUGACUUCGAAACACAAUAUAUAAGUCUUUUAGUUUACUUGUACUCAGAAAAUGGAAGCUAUAGACUUGAACGAUGAUGGUCAGAAUGAUGUGAUGGAUGAAGAUAUAGAGGAUCAUGAAGUUUUAGAGGAUUCCGAGGCUAACAGAGGCACACAACCGAGACAAGUUCAGUCACGCCGUAAAGUCUCAAGGUGCUGGAGAAAGUUUACUAUACUUGGAGGAAGGCUGUCUGAUGGUACAACUAAGAUCAGAUGCAACCUUAGUAUAGGUAGUAGAGUUCUUAACAAGUAUAGGAGCUGUCUACUACCUACUAAUGUUCAAGCUUUAGUGUGUACAAGGAACUGGUUAAAAGGAUUUCCUGAAAUUGGUGAUGAGUCUCUUGAGAAGAUAGAAGAGGAGAAAGAAGAAGAGGAGAAAGAGAAGGAGAAAGAAGAGGAGAGUGGAGAAUCUAUAGACUUGAAUUGAGGUACUGAUCAGUCUUGAUAUGUACUUUUGGAUAAGAUAUUGAAAUGUUCUAGCUAUUGAUCAGUCUUGCAAGUAACUAAUUUGAGUUUGUGGGUUUAGUAUUGAGUUAGUAUAGAAAGGAACUUGACUAACUCACACUGAUCUUGUCAUUGUUUACUUAUUAAAGUAGCAUCUGAUCUUGUUGUCUUUGUUCACACUGAUUUUGUUAUCUUUUUUCACACUGAGCUUUUGUUCUUUUGCUUGUGACAAGCCUUGUGUUGAUAAGUUGUGUGUUUACUUAUCAAAUCCAUUUAGAAGUUGGGAGAGAGUGAGAAAAUCAAGCGUUGACGUUGAGUAUGUUCUUGUGUGUUUACUUAUCAAAUCACAUCCUUUUACGAACAGGUAUUAGAACAAGUUAUGAGAAUCAUUGAAUAACUCCAAGUAGCUAUUUUUUUCCUUUUUGCAGACUGAAGACAAGUAAAGAAGCUGGAAGCUGGAGCAAAGUGAAUCAUGAUAUCAGAGUUAUAACUUUUUUUUUACAUAAAACAUAGAGUUAUGAAAAACUGAAGUCUAUUGAAUUUAAUUUACAUCACAUUUGUAUUCAGAAAUUUUCAAUGACAUUAAAAUUGAGUUUAGAUUGAGUUUAUAUAAAUUUUCUAUAAUUUUUAUUUUCUA